AUAAACUAAUAAUAGUUCCAACAGUAUCUUUCCGUGAAUUGCUCAUUGAACUCGUUCUGAACGGCGACGAACGAUAAGAAAAAACGCCUAUUCUGGGAUUGUACAAAGAUAAUAUUUAAUAUAUUUGAUUUGUAUUAUAUUACAAUGAUUUUCCUUGUAACUGCAUGAAUUCCCAUUCUAUUCUGUUCGACUACGUACAAAUUGAUGUAUCCUUGGAGUUCGGCAUCGUAUUCUCCGACUGGCGUCAUUACUAGCACGACAAUGCCAAAUACAAUGGAUGACCAAGAAAAGUUGUUAGCAGAAGCUAUUGGUGCUGCACGCAAGCAGGCUUUCCAAAUGAACCACUUCUUGGACAAAGAUCGCAUGCUUGACGCAUUGAAAUGUGCAAGUGCAAUGCUAAGUGAACUUCGUACAUCGAUGUUGUCACCUAAGAGUUAUUACGAGUUGUAUAUGGUUAUUACGGACGAACUAUGUCGCCUGGAAUUGUACCUGAGCGAGAAGGCAACAAAGGAGACCGACCAUUAUGAACUCGUCCAGUAUUCGCACACAAUUGUACCUCGUCUUUAUUUGCUUAUAACCGUUGGCAUUGUUUACAUAAAAAACGACCCUUCAUUGAAGAGAAGCAUCCUCAAGGAUUUGGUGGAGAUGUGUCGCGGAGUGCAGCACCCACUUAGAGGGCUUUUUUUGCGAAACUAUCUUUUACAAUGUACCAGAAACAUACUGCCCGAUGUUUUAGUAGCUGAAAAUGAGCAUGAAGGCAAUGUGUACGAUGCCAUUGACUUUGUAUUGACUAACUUCGCUGAAAUGAACAAGUUAUGGGUGCGCAUGCAACACCAAGGACACUCUAGCGAGAAAACUCGUCGGGAAAAAGAAAGGGAAGAACUAAAGAUUUUAGUUGGGACAAAUUUGGUACGUUUAUCUCAAUUAGAGUCGGCGUCCCUGGAGAUCUAUCAACGUUUAAUAUUGCCUGGAAUUUUGGAGCAAGUGGUUAGUUGUCGUGACGCCAUUGCUCAGGAAUACCUAAUGGAGUGCAUUAUUCAAGUAUUUCCCGAUGAAUUUCACUUACAAACACUAGAUCCAUUUUUGAAAUCUUGUGCUCAGCUCCAGCCUGGGGUUAAUGUGAAAAACAUAAUUAUAUGUUUAAUAGACCGUUUAGCGACAUAUAAUCAGCGCAGUGGUAAAAAUAGCGGCACAGAUAUCGAAUCGAUUAUUCCAGCCGAGGUGAAGUUGUUUGAAGUCUUUAGCGUACAGGUGGCCAACAUAGUGCAGAAUCGUUCUGAUAUGCCGCUUGAAGACACGAUAUCCUUACAAAUCGCUUUAUUAAAUUUGGCACAAAAAGUCUACCCGGAUCGUAUUGAUUAUGUGGACAAGGUGUUGGGGACAACGGCACAGAUACUUGAGAGUCUUAAUAUGAAUAACAUAUCACACCUCUUGUCAGUAAAUCAAGAAUUGUCACGACUACUUCGCAUUUGCAUUGAUUUCUAUAAUAACGCCUUAACAGUUAUUCAACUGACAAAUUUUUGUCCAUUGUUGGGUAAAUUUGAUUAUACCUCCCGAAAAACGUUGGCCUUGUAUUUAGUUAUGAAUAUCUUGGAAUUUGAGACAUUAAUUCCAACAGCCGAACAAGCUGAAGCUGUUCUCAACAUUAUAGCGCCGUUGAUUAAGGACGACGAAACUGUAAUUAUUAGUAAGGGUCAGGAAGCAGUGGUAGAUCUCGAUGAAUUUGCCGAAGAACAAGGAAUCGUGGCACGUUUUGUGCACAUGCUGAAAUCGGAUGACCCUGAUAUGCAAUAUAAGAUCCUACAAACAGCCCGCAAACAUUUGGGGGCUGGGGGGCCACAUCGCAUCAAACUUGUUUUGCCACCUUUGGUUUUCUCGGCAUAUCAGCUGGCCUACAAAUACAAAGCUCAAGAAUUCGAACAUGACGAUAACUGGGAUAAGAAGUGUCAGAAAAUUAUUCAGUACUGCCAUAGCACUAUUUCUGCCCUUGCUAAGGCAGAUUUGGCAGAGCUAGCACUACGUCUGUAUCUACAAGGGGCUCUGGUUAUUGGAGAAAUCGGAUACACAAAUCAUGAAACUGUGGCCUACGAAUUCAUGACUCAAGCCUUCUCUCUCUACGAGGACGAAAUAUCAGAUUCGAAGGCGCAGCUAGCUGCCAUUACACUCAUAAUGUCAACAUUAGAACAAAUGAAAUGCUUUGGUGAAGAGAACGCAGAUCCUCUGCGCACAAAUUGCGCUUUAGCAGCAUCGAAGCUCCUCAAAAAACCAGAUCAAUGUAGGGGCGUUGUGGGAUGUGCUUCUCUCUUUUGGAGUGGAAAGAAAAAUGGCGAAGAAAUGCGAGAUGAGAAAAAGACAUUGGAUUGUUUAAAGAAGGGGGCGCGUAUAGCUUCCCAGUGUUUGGAUAAUGGCGUACAAGUCCAGCUGUAUGUGGAACUCUUGAAUCAUUACCUUUUCUACUUUGAACGUGGUAAUUCCUUAAUUACUGUCGCUAUGCUCAAUCAAUUGAUUGCAAAAAUAAAUGAGGAACUUCCGAACUUGGAGCCGAGCGAAGAAACCAAACAAAUUGAGAUGCACUACAAGAAUACUUUGGCGCAUAUUAAAAGUCGUAUGGAAUCCAACGAUGCUGGUUUAGAAGUGUCUUUUGCUGGUAUAUCAAUAAAUUGAAUAGCAAUUAUUGUGCAAAGCAUCAUUAUUAUAGUAAUAGAGACAAUGCUGUUUUA